AUGGACUUCGCAAGUCUCACGCGACCGGCAGUCAUUUGUCACUGUCGCCGUUGCUUCAGCUCCCUGGCUGUUCUUGAAAAUGAAUGGGCAGAAGUUUCCAACUUCUAUGCCACCUCAACCGCCUGGGUGAGCGUCGACGCUGACCGUAUCUCCGUUUCUUCUCAACGAAAGAGAAUCCCCGAUCACAGCGAUGCCAGUCUCAUCAGAGGUCGCAUCACGCAAGAGGCAUCUUGCAGAAUGUGCCCGAACUCCUCGAAACUAGGUGUUCUCGUCGAAAUGGACAAUGGUCCCAUAUUCAUCUGGAAGAUGUCCAAAGUCUCCUUUAGGGAGGUCGUAUCCAUGCGUCCAACGGAACCCGUCUUCAAGGAGGCCAAGGAGGCCCCGCGAAGCACCCGCAAUUCUUUUCAAGGUGGUGCUAUAAUCCCCACCGGUGGGACGGACUUUCGCUCUUUGGAUCCUGCCAUGCAACACCACAUGCAACACCAAGGCCGAAGCAUCGAUCAAAUCUCCAGUUCAGUCAACAAUCUGCACGACACAAUGGCCGACCUCAAACUCUCCUUCAACUCCCUCCGAAUCGAGUUGAAUGUUCCGACGCGAUACGGAGGUGAAAGUAGCGGACCCGGUUUCGAUAUGGUUGCCACGGUCCUAAAGGAGCUAAAAUCCAAGUCGGAUGAGAUUGAGAAACUGAAGCUGGAGAUCGAGGCGUUGAAAUUGAAGGCUCGUAUCGCAGAGGAUUCGAAACCACAUACUCCGGAAUAUAUGGCGGGACUCGAGGGAGCCCUGCCGCGAAUGCAAAGCCCCGAUCUGCUGCAGGCCGGCCGGAAACGUGGCUGGGCAGAUACCUUCUCAGCCGGAAAUACUCUGGCUGUCGCGGAUACAUUUCAUGAGGAUGAUAUGGAGGACGACCUUUCCAUUACGGGCCACAUCCCUUCCGAUGGCCCGCAUAUCCCUCUGAGAGACUUGGCGCACGACUACGAACGUCGGCCGUGGAGCGCGGAGCUUGGUUCGCGAGAUAUAUCGACUAAUCGCGAAACAAGGCCUCCCCAACCUGCGCAAAGCCCAGCGAAGAAACAGCGUCUCACUCAGGAUCCAACGGACUCGGAUUUCAUACCUUUGAAAAGACGACCUGGUCGACCCAAGAAAUCCGAUGUUCCCAAUGAAAAGGAUAAGAAUUAUCGGGGGCCUGGACGCCCUCGCCGCAGCGUGGUUCUUGAAUCUGAUGGAACAGCGGAUCAAGAAAUUGCAGAAAAUCUAAAUCCCCAUCAACACUACUCCACGCCAGCUGGCUACACGGUUAUCCAUGACUCUUCCCAAUUUCGUAAUGAGACAAAGAAUGGGAGCCGAUUCAAAGAGGAUGCAGCUGUGAAUAAACAAAAUACCCCCAUGGCCUCAAUCGAGACGCAAAGUGGUAUUGAUCCAAAGGCAAACGAAGCUGCCGAUGCCCCGAAUGCCCUCCCGACAAUUGAUGCACCAAAUGGCACCAACACAAACGAAAAUAUACCAGCGGAUGACCUAACCGCUCCUCAGACCACGACUGAGAAUGGCAUUGGCUUGAAUGGUGACGCAGCUGUGAAUGAUCAGAAUGCUCCCCAGGAACAUGGAGCGAGGGGUGGUCAGAACACCCUCUCCGCCCCAGUCAAAACAUCCGAGAAGGCCAAGACCAAUAGAAAUGAAGCCGCAAGUGGCGCAAAGCUCGCCCGGGCUGGAAGUGGGAGGAAAAAGCGCAAGGCCAGUCUCGCGGCGCGCGACGCCAUGAUUCGAAACGAGAUGCAGCGUGAGGAGGCGAUGGAGACCGAGCAAACAAGAUAA